AUGACUGCAUCAAACAGAAGGGGCAGUACGCAUAGAAACUCAGUGACUCAACUAAAUAAGGUAUUGCCGGUUCCUAUACAAUUAGAAGAUGAAACAAGCUCGGGGCAUUUCAAUUCCACAUCUCAUAUAACGGACGUUUUGGUGGGAGACUAUCAUGUAAUACAAGGGGAGGGAGGAUCAUCGUACGUGGUAUGGUCGAUACGGAUUAUAGUGGAUGAUUCUGUUUAUUCAUCGAUGGUGAUAUAUAAAAGGUACAGUGAUAUUCAAAGAUUCAGAGAAGCACUUCUCGAACAUUAUCCUAACACUGAGAUCCCUCCAUUACCUCCCAAAGAUAACUUCAGCUUCCAAAGAUUGCUGAUGUCGGACUACUGGCUAGAGAAUAGACGCAAGGGACUACAGUGGUUCAUGACAAAUGUAAUGUUGAACCCGAAGCAUCAGCAUUCACCGGUGAUAACUCACUUCAUUUUGAACUAA